AUGGACUUUGCAUCUUCUGUUUCAAGAGAUUUAGUGUGUGGCGCAUUAAAUCAAUUGCGUUAUCUUCGCUCCUUUAACAAUUUUGUCAAAAAGCUUGAGCAAGAAGAGGGCGAUUUGAUUGUAACAAGAGAUGAUGUCCAAAAAUAUGUUGAACAUGCCAAGAGAAAAACUAGAGAGACUAGUGGACUUGUUGACAAGUGGCUGCAAGAUGCUAUCAGUAACAUAGGCAAAGUGAAUCAGUUGCUAGAAGAGGCAAGAACAAAAAACAUGUGUUGCUUUGGAUAUUGUCCAAAUUGGAUUUGGCGAUAUCGUAUGGGAAAAAAGCUAGCAAAUAAAGUUUUUCACCUUGAAAAGUUCAUUGAUGAGGGUAAAAGAUAUGUGCCAUUUGAUCGCAUCGCUACGCUUCCUUCAAACACCCUUGAUAUGCUUUCAGAAAAAUGCAUUAAUUUUGCGAGUAGACAAUCUGCUUUUGAGCAACUACUGGAUGCAGUGAAAAAUAAAGAUGUUUCCAUGAUUGGGUUGUAUGGAAUGGAUGGUUGUGGUAAAACCACAUUAGCAAUGGAAAUUAGGAAGUUCGUAGAAGCAGAGCAUCUUUUUGAAAAAGUUCUUUUUGUGCCUGUUUCUAGUACAGUGGAAGUUGGGAGGAUUCAAGAGAAAAUAGCAAGUUCACUGCCAGUUGAAUUUCCAGAAACCGAAGAAAUGCAGAGAGCCCAAAUAUUGUGCUCAACAUUAACUAAAGAGAAAAAUGUUUUUAUAAUUCUAGAUGAUGUGUGGGAGAAGCUUGACUUUGGCCGUAUUGGAAUUCCUUCUUCUGAACACCUUAAAGGCUGCAAGAUUCUCAUUACCACUAGAUCAGAAGGAGUUUGUACUUUAAUGGAUUGUCAAAGAAAGAUUUCCUUGCAAAAUUUAACCGAUGAAGAAGCAUGGACUCUUUUCCAAAAUAAAGCACUUAUAUCAGAUGCCACCUCUGAUACCUUAAAGGAUAUGGGAAGAUUAAUUUCCGAUGAAUGUAAAGGAUUGCCGGUUGCCAUUGCAGCUGUUGCUGGUAGUUUGAAGGGAAAAGCUGAGACGGACUGGAUGGUUGCAUUGAAUAGAUUGAGACAUUCUAAGCCAAUAAGUAUUGAAAGAGGUUUGACUAAUCCCUACAAGUGCCUGCAGUUGAGCUAUGAUAAUUUGGCUGAUAAAGAAGCUAAAUCACUUUUCCUGUUGUGCUCUGUGUUUCCUGAAGACUUUGAAAUUCCAAUUGAAAUCUUAACAAGAUGUGCAAUAGGAUUAGGUGUAGUUGGAGAAGUUGACUCAUAUGAAGAGGCAAGGAGUGAAGUGAUUGCAGCUAAAAUUAAGCUUGUUAGUUGUUGUUUAUUGUUGGAUGCAGAUCAUGAACGUGUCAAAAUGCAUGACAUAGUUCGUGAUGUGGCCCACAUAAUAGCAAAAGAUGAGAAUAAGAUUAUCAAGUGUGAAGUGGAAAAAGAUGUUAGAGUGGAACAAAAUUCAGUAAGAUAUCUAUGGUGUGCGAAAUUUCCAAAUGAUUUGGAUUGCUCCAAUCUUGAGUUUUUACGCUUACGGACAAAGAUGAAAGAAUUUGAUGGGAUUUUCAAAAGAAUGGGAAUGCUCAAAGUUUUGAUUCUUCUUAACGAUGAGGAUGGAAAAACAAGAUUGUCAACAAUAUCUUUCGAAACAUUAACAAAUCUUCGUUGUCUAUUCAUUGAGAAUUAUGAAUUGAGCGACUUCUCAUUUUUGGGCGGUAUGAAGAAUCUUCAAAGUCUCUCGUUAUGUCGUUGUUCACUGCCUUCAUUUCCUGAAUUACAAACCGAUGUUGCGAUUACACUAAAAUUGUUGGAGUUGAGGGAAUGUGAAAUUAAAGUGAAGAAUUUUGAAGUGAUUAAAAGAAUCCCGCUUUUGGAAGAGUUGUACAUUAUUGAUAUUAGAGGAAAAUGGCGGGAUGCUAACAGUGAAGACAAAAUUGAAUUCUUUAAGACGUUUAGCAUUCCCAAAACACUGCAAAGGUAUGGAAUUGUAUUAGGAUCUUAUAGAUUUGGCCAUUAUAAUGAUGAUGAUAUUUACGUUCAUGGCAGAACUUUAGUACUUAACCAUUUUGACAUAUCAAAUGAGCUAAUAAAGGGUUUGGCAAAAAAAGCAAACCAUCUAUUUGUACGAAAUAUUCAUGGAGGCGCAAAAAAUAUCAUCCCUGAUAUAUUUCAAAUUGAAGGAGGAGAUUUGGAUGAGUUGAAAAAGUUGGAGAUACAUAAUUCUGAAGAGUUAGAAUGUUUGAUUGACACUCGUAGUCACUCGAGUGAGGUGUAUAUAUUAGCAGAUGAUGACAAAACGGAGGAAGGUGAAGAUGAAUUCACCACAGGGCAUCCUGUACAAAUUUUCCAAAAUCUGCAGGAUGUAAAGAUAUAUAGCUGUCGAGAAUUAAAACAUAUAUUUCCAGCCAACAUUGUUGAUAUUUCAAUCUUCCAAAGUUUGAAAAAGCUACAUAUCAGUGAAUGUGACUUAUUGGAGGGUAUAUUCCCUGUUUCUUUUGUUGGAGGCAUGAUGAAAUUUAAUGAUAUAACAAAUAAAGAGACUGCUGAUUUGAAAGAUUUCUCUAGUCGAAAUAAUACUCAAAGUGAGGACAUUCAGAACCAUCUCCCCACUUUGCAAACUCUAAACAUAAAGCAUUCCGAUGCAGAACGUAUUUUUUGUCUUAAUGAACAUGAAAUGAUUGGCCAACAGGUGAGUUUAAGGUUAGAGAACUUGGAGUUGUAUAAUCUACCUCAAAUGGCUUAUAUUUGGGUGGGUCCCAAGAAUUCACUUACUCUCCAACAUCUUACCACAUUAGAAAUAAGGGAUUGUGGAAAGUUGGAAGUAAUUUUUCCAAAGUCUGUUGUAAGAUGCUUACCAGAGUUGAAGAACGUAACCAUAAGAGAGUGCAUGGAAUUGAAGCAGAUCAUCGAAGAAGACCAGUCCAAUCUUCAUUCUAUAGAUGGAGGCUCUGAAGUAGAGGAAAUUAUUGAAUGUGAUAAAGAAGCUUCAAAGAAUUAUUUUACCUUCCCAAAUCUGGAAAACCUAGAAAUAAUUGAAUGUGCGAAAUUGGAAAUAGUCUUUCCAAAGUCUGUUUUAAGAUGCUUUCCAAAGUUGAAGCUUUUGAAGAUAAGAAAAUGUAAAGAAUUAAGACAAAUCAUUGAAGGGAAUGUGGAGCACAAAAAAUUCUCUAAUCUUGUUUCUCUUCAACUAUGUUUCCCAAAACUAGAAGCAUUGUAUGUUGAUCAUUGCCACAAGUUGAAAAUACUUUUCUCUGGAUUUGCUAAUGACCUUCCCAACCUUCAUCUUCUGGCCAUAAAAGGUUUGAACUUGAUUAUGAUACCCAAUAUUAGAGAGAUUGAACUGAGAGACUUUGAUAAUGCAAGGUACCUUUUUAAAUUGUCCAUUGCUUCAUCAUUGAUGUUGGAAAUUUUGAGAAUUGAGGAAUGUCCUGGACUUGAGCACAUUAUAGACACUGAUUAUGAAUAUGUCAAAGAGAAUUUGAAAGCUAUCUUCCCUAACUUAAGAGAGCUCUCAGUGCGCGAUUGUGACCAGUUGAAAUAUAUUGGCCAAUAUCCCGUAGCUAAUCAAGAUUACAAGGAGACUCAUUCAUUUCUCACCAUUGGAAACGCUCCAUCUUUCGAGACUACCAAGUUUCGUUAG